GGGUUUUAAAAAUCCUCUCGUCUGUUUGCUCUGAAUCGAAAUCUUCUCUCCAUCGGCAUCUCCUCCGGUGGAUUCAGGGAUGAAGAGGAUCGAAGUCUCUUGUGAUUUAGUGGAAGAAAUACUUGCUCGAGUGCCGGCGAAGGACUUGUUAAGAUUCAGACGUGUUUGCAAACGAUGGAAAUCGUUGAUCCAGGACAAGCAGUUCAUCAAAAAGCACGUGUCAUAUUCCCCCACGAAGUUUCUCUAUUGUGCGUAUAAUUCGUCGGCUAAGAGACACCUCGUCUAUGAAUACAAGGGAACCAGGAUGCUUGACAAUAAUCAUGUGCGGUUAUUUCUUCACUGCAACGGACUUAUCUGCCUUUGUUUCUGGGGGAAGUAUUUGGCUGUCUGGAAUCCUGCGCUCAGAGAAUUGAGAAAAAUAGAGCCUGCAACGAUCAAGGGUUCUGCUUUGAACAUGAUCGGGUUUGGUUAUGAUCAUUCGAACGAUGAUCAUAAGAUAGUUUUGCUCACUUACCGGCGCUCCCCGAGUAGACCGCACCAUGACUUUGGUCGGGCCGAAGUCAUCUCGCUAAAGACCGGUUCAAGGGUCAUUGAUUAUCCGUCGUAUGCUUUCGACUCUCAUGCCGACCCUGGAGGAGGAACUUUGGUAGGUAACCGUAUAUUCUGGCUGGUUAAGGAUCCAACAAACAAGGAUAGCUUUAUAUUGAGCUUUGAUCUCGUGUCACACCAGUUCAAUCGCGUGUCAUGUCCUUCCACCAAUGCCCGAAUCGUGGGAUAUAAUCUGUCGGUGAUAAGAGGACAUCUGUGCGUGGUAGAAUACAGAGUGCGUGAGCUAUGUAUUUGGAGUGGACAGUCUGGCAAAGGCGUGCACUCUUGGAGCAGGUUAUUCACCGUGUCGGUAGAUGAUAUCAAAUUGCCAGAUGGGCAUUGGGUUUUUGGCUCACACGUUGUGGAAUGUGAGACCAAGGACAUGGAAUUGCUAGUCAAAGUCUCGAAUUGGUUCGAGCAGAAGCAGAAGUUCAAGGUGGUGAGAGUGUCUGCCUUCAACACCAAGGAAAAUGUUUUCACAAAGUUGGAAAUAGAUUAUUCUUGCGGUUAUAUAGCUACAGGUCCUUGUCCAUACAAGGAAUCCCUCCUAUCUGUCCAUGGGUAGUCCUGUUUUUCUUGCUUUUCGUUUAUUUAUAGCCAUUUUUUAAAUCUCGUGGGAUGUUUUUUUUUUUAAUCCUUUGCAUGAACAAGAACAAAAAAAAAAAAAAGAGGGAUAUUGAAUUAUGGUGUUGUGCUGUAUCUUAUCAUUAUCUAUUGAGUUUUA